GGUGGACUCCUGCAGGUAGCUUGAGCUUCUCCGUUCUCCUCGAAACAAUACCUGACUUCAUUGCCGCUAAGACUCUUUAGCGACUAUACUCAGAAUUCCAUAAAGAGACCAAAGUCCCCUUGACUUCAUUCAUCUGCUAUCCUCAUUCUUGUUGUCACUCACAUCAUACUAAUACCUACCAAGUCUUUCAGCUACGUUCUACAAGAAUACUUACCAAAACAUCUUCUACUGCAUCUUCUUACUUUCUAGAUAUCAACCCAAAUUUAAACAUUUACAAUGGCAUCGAUAGCUUCCGCAAGAUAUGGCAAGGACAACGUCCGCGUCUAUAAAGUAGACAGAGAUGAGCAGACUGGAACUCAAACUGUCACCGAAAUGACCGUUUGUGUAUUACUGGAGGGUGCAAUCGACGUCUCAUAUACCAAGGCCGACAACAGUGUUGUGGUUGCAACCGAUUCCAUGAAGAACACAGUCUACAUCAAAGCCAAGGAACAUUCAGUUACUCCUCCCGAGCUCUUUGCUAGUAUUCUCGGAACUCACUUUAUCGAGACCUACCCCCAUCUCACCGCAGCCAGCAUCAAAAUCGUUACUCACAGAUGGACACGAAUGACUAUCGAUGGCAAACCCCACCCACAUUCAUUCUACAGAGACGGAAGCGAGACACGAAAUGUCGAUGCUGUUAUCAAGAGAGGAAAGGGCAUCGAUAUCCGUAGCGGAAUUGUUGGACUCUUGGUUUUGAAGAGCACAGGUUCGCAAUUCCACGGCUUUGUCCGAGACGAGUACACUACGCUCCCCGAGGUUUGGGACAGAAUUUUGUCAACUGAUGUUGAUUGCGGCUGGUCAUGGAAAACAUUUGCCGGAUUGGACGCCGUGAAAGAGGCCAUCCCCAAAUUUGACAAAGCAUUUGAUGAUGCCAGAAAUAUCACCAUGAAGACAUUCGCUGAAGAGAACAGCCCAUCUGUACAAAACACCAUGUAUAAGAUGUGCGGUUCCAUUUUGGAGGCCGUCCCAGAAGUCGAGACUGUGGAUUACUCCUUGCCCAAUAAGCAUUAUUUCGAAGUUGAUCUCAGCUGGCACAAGGGUCUUAAGAACACCGGAAAGGACGCAGAAGUUUAUGCUCCUCAAUCUGGACCAAACGGACUCAUCAAUGUCACCGUCACCAGAACUCCAGUCACACCAAAGCUAUAGAUCUGACUUAUAUCAUGAUUUUAUGAUAGCGUAAUUCGCAUGGCGCCACUCACCAUUGCUUUAUAUUGGAAAGGCGUUUUGGUCUCUAGGGUAUAGAGCGUUCGGCGCAUUUUCAGGACCAUGUAUAUAGAUCAUGGCAGAUACCAUUCAAGCAUGGAAUUCAACUCGAUUUAAUCUCACAACAAAGCAACAGUCUAUCGGAAUUCCAUGAACAGUCAAUAUAUCGUGAUUUUCCCAUAUCCCACUACAUGUCCAACCCCGUUCCCCAAUAGCAGCCUCACUUGGAUUUCUAUACAUCAGCCAACGUGCAAGACAUGGCCCCAUACAGAUACGAAAUGCAAGGCCCCUUCGCUUCUCCUUUUCCUUUUCUUCUGACAAUGAAAAUCUUUAAAAUACGUCCAAAGUCCACCUCGGAACAAAAUUGAAAGAGCUAAACCA